GUAAGGAAAUUCCAAGUGCAGAAAUGGAAUUGGUUGUCGUAUAUAUAAAAUUCAUGAUUUCUGAACAAGCAAGAGGAUUGUGAUCCCACAGCAUCUUACAGGGAUUUAAACCCAGGCUGGCCUGCCUGGGAGCCUGGGCUUUUGUUCUCAAACCGUCCGACAACCCUAGCUUCUGCCCACUUGUCCAGAACAGCUUUCUCUUGGCCUGAAGGACAAAGUGGCUUCCUUGUUACAUCACUGGCUCAGUCACAAUUGGGCUGAGAGCAGAGCGUGGCCCGGCCCGCCAGGUCCCCAGGGCAGCCCAGCCCGGCCCGGCCCAGCCGCACACACACCAUGAAGUAUCCUCUGGUGCCACUGGUGAACGAGCUGACGUUUUCUUUCCUGGUGUUCUGGCUCUGUCUGCCCGUGGCCUUGCUGCUGUUCUUGUUGAUCAUCUGGCUACGCUUCUUACUCAGCCAAGAUUCAGAGGAAAAUGACUCAGAUGUAUGCCUUGAUUGGGAGCCUUGGAGCAAAGACCCUGCCGAGUUUUGCCAGGAGGAGAUGUUCCACAGCCAAGAGGAGGAGAGGCCCUGCUGCUGA